UAAUUUUAUUAAUUAUAAACUUGUUUAUACUACAAACAAAUGCUGCAAGAUGUGGAAUAUGUGGAAUCCGAGGUCAUAAUAGAAGAACAUGUCCAAAUCGACUUGCCAUGGUUCCAUAUAAUCCUAAUAAUGCAUUAAUACCACCAUACCAACAAAAUAAUGCAUUAAUACCAUAUAUUCCUCAAACACCUAUAAUACCUCAGACAUCAAUGAUGAAUAAAUGGAAUGUUCCAUGGAUGUCAAAUAUGAUAAUGAUUAGAAAACGUCCAGCAAAAGGAAAAAUAUGUAGUCAUUGUGGUGCAAUGGGACAUAAUAGAUUACAUUGCCCUAUUCAACUUGCAGGAGCAAAUGUUGCAAAUGUAAAUAAUAUAAAAAAAUCUGUAAAAAAAUAUUUUGAUAGUCGAAAAUUAAAUCUUAGAAUGUGUCGCUGUUGUGGUGAAAUUGGUCAUACUGGAAGAAAUUGUCCAACUAUAAGAGCAAAUAAUCUCUGUAUUCCAUUAAGACAACUAUCUGAAAUCAAAAAAGGUAUAAAUGAAUUUAAAAAACACUACGGUAUAAACAAUAGACUAGUUCCUCAAUUUAUGCUACCUCAAAAUUUUUUAAUACCAAAGAGACCAAGAAUUCCAAAUUAUAUUGCUGCAUGUGGAUGUUGUGGUAAUGAAAAUCAUAAUCGUUAUGAUCCCCAAUGUCCAUUUCAAAAUGGAUUAGUACAACCAUGUUUAAAUCCUAGAUUAAUAAAAUCGAUUAGAGAAUUAAGAUUGUGGUAUGUUGAAAAUAAUAGACCAGUACCACCAAAUAUUGGAGUUGGUUUAAAUCCUUUACCAAAACAACCACCUCCUAUACCACCUAGACCACCACCAAUUCCACCAAGACCUGGAAAUAAUGGUAAUGGAAAUAAUAAUAUUCCAUUAGGUGGAAUAGGUUUACAAAAUUUACAGAAUCAAUUUCAACAACAUGAUCAAAGAUUAGUUAAUUUAAUUAGACAAUCAGAAAUCCAAUUAGAAACUAUAUUAGAUCGUAUAAAUAGAAAUAUUAACACCCAUUAUACAAAAACAAAUAAUAAUAUUUUUAAUCGUUUUAAUCAGUUAAACCAAAGAAUACUUACAGCUAGUAAAACAUUAGAUGAACAUGGACAAAAUAUUAAUCAAAUUGGUAAUAACAUAAAUCUAAGAUUUAAUAAUUUAGAUAGAAAUAUUAAUAAUCGAUUUGGAAGAAUUAAUGAUAAUAUUAUUAAUAUGAAUCAGAGAUUUGAUAUUCUUG